AUGGAUAAUACCAACCCUGAAUACAUUGUUCAAGCCAUGGGCGAUGACCUGUGCGAGAUUCCAGAAGAGUCUCCAGUGUCUUCGAACUCGCUGAGUCCAACCAAACAGUGACACCAGAGCUUGCUUUGAAGCAACAAAGGAAGCAUCAAGAGCGAGGAAUUCGAUGGGUUUAUGCACGCGUUGAAGGACCAGUUCGCUAAAAGAUAUCGUUCUUCUACAGAAGAUGAUGGAAUCAUCCGCACCAACAAAGAAGCUACUUUCUCCAGACCUGUCUGGAUGCCUUAUCUAUCUAAGAAGUUCAGAAUCUUAAGAAAAAUCCAAUCAUAUAAAGUGUCUUGUUAUAGAAAAAGAUCAAGAAAAUACAAGGAAUUCAAACAUGGGAUAACUGGAGGUUCUAAACUUUGAAAGAAAAAUGAGAUAAGGUCAAUGUCCGAAAAUAUAAACAAAGGUUCUAUCAUUGAGCCUUUGAUCACAAUGAAUGACAUCAAGCCAGGGAAUAAACUUAAUCAAAAUUAUUAA